AGCGUCGCCGCGCUGCCUACCUGAGUCGGAGCGCUCCGUGGCGGGGGUGCGGUCGUGCAAUAGGAAGGGGAGCGCUUUGCAAGCUUCCCGUGGGACACCCGCUAACUCGGCGGGUCACCAAGUCUGGUGCAGUCCCAGCCGACCUCUCCGGUUUCCGUUUCUGGUGCUCCAAGCCCCCGGCUCGUAGCAGCCAUGCCUCUCAGCCGCAGUCUGUCCAUGUCCUCGCUUCCAGGACUGGAGGACUGGGAGGAUGAGUUCGACCCGGAGAACACAGUGCUUUUCGAGGUGGCCUGGGAGGUGGCCAACAAGGUGGGUGGCAUCUACACUGUGCUGCAGACGAAGGCGAAGGUGACAGGCGAUGAAUGGGGUGACAACUACUAUCUGGUGGGACCCUACACGGAGCAGGGUGUGAGGACCCAGGUAGAGCUACUGGAGCCCCCGACUCCCGAGCUGAAGAGGACUCUGGAUUCCAUGAACAGCAAGGGCUGUAAGGUGUAUUUUGGACGUUGGUUGAUCGAGGGGGGACCCCUAGUGGUGCUCCUGGAUGUGGGGGCCUCAGCCUGGGCCCUGGAGCGUUGGAAGGGCGAGCUGUGGGACACCUGCAACAUCGGGGUGCCCUGGUAUGACCGUGAAGCCAAUGAUGCUGUCCUGUUUGGCUUCCUCACCACCUGGUUCCUGGGUGAGUUCCUGGCCCAGAAUGAAGAGAAGCCGUAUGUGGUUGCCCACUUCCACGAAUGGUUGGCAGGCAUCGGUCUGUGUCUGUGCCGGGCCCGGCGCUUGCCAGUGGCGACCAUCUUCACCACCCACGCCACGCUGCUGGGCCGUUACCUGUGUGCCGGUGCCGUGGACUUCUACAACAACCUGGAGAAUUUCAAUGUGGACAAGGAAGCUGGUGAGAGGCAGAUCUAUCAUCGCUACUGCAUGGAGCGAGCAGCUGCCCACUGUGCUCAUGUCUUCACCACUGUGUCCCAGAUCACCGCCAUUGAGGCUCAGCACCUCCUCAAGAGGAAGCCAGAUAUUGUGACCCCUAAUGGGCUGAAUGUGAAGAAGUUCUCUGCUAUGCAUGAAUUCCAGAAUCUUCAUGCUCAGAGCAAAGCUCGAAUCCAGGAGUUUGUGCGUGGCCAUUUUUAUGGACACCUGGACUUCAACUUAGACAAGACUUUGUAUUUCUUUAUUGCUGGCCGCUACGAGUUCUCCAACAAGGGAGCUGAUGUGUUCCUGGAAGCCUUGGCCCGGCUGAACUAUCUGCUCAGAGUGAACGGCAGUGAGCAAACAGUUGUUGCGUUCUUCAUCAUGCCGGCGCGGACCAACAACUUCAACGUGGAAACCCUGAAGGGCCAAGCCGUGCGCAAGCAGCUAUGGGACACAGCCAAUACAGUUAAGGAGAAGUUCGGGAGGAAGCUCUACGAAUCUUUACUAGUGGGGAGCCUCCCAGACAUGAACAAGAUGCUGGACAAGGAAGACUUCACCAUGAUGAAGAGAGCCAUCUUUGCUACUCAGCGGCAAUCUUUCCCCCCUGUGUGCACCCACAACAUGCUGGACGACUCCUCAGACCCCAUCCUGACCACCAUUCGCCGAAUUGGCCUUUUCAACAGUAGUACUGACCGUGUGAAGGUGAUUUUUCACCCAGAAUUCCUCUCCUCCACAAGCCCUCUACUCCCGGUGGACUAUGAAGAGUUUGUCCGUGGCUGUCACCUUGGGGUCUUCCCCUCCUACUAUGAGCCCUGGGGCUACACGCCUGCGGAGUGUACCGUCAUGGGCAUCCCCAGCAUUUCCACCAACCUCUCAGGCUUCGGCUGCUUUAUGGAAGAACACAUCGCAGAUCCCUCAGCUUAUGGCAUUUACAUUCUGGAUCGGAGGUUCCGCAGCCUGGAUGAUUCGUGCUCGCAGCUCACCUCCUUCCUCUACAGCUUCUGUCAGCAGAGCCGGCGACAGCGCAUCAUCCAGCGGAAUCGCACAGAACGUCUGUCAGAUCUGUUGGAUUGGAAGUACCUAGGCCGGUAUUACAUGUCUGCACGUCACAUGGCUCUUGCCAAGGCCUUUCCGGAUCAUUUCACCUAUGAGCCCCAUGAGGUUGAUGCGACCCAGGGGUACCGUUACCCACGGCCAGCCUCCGUGCCGCCAUCGCCCUCACUGUCUCGGCACUCCAGCCCACACCAGAGCGAGGAUGAGGAGGAGUCCCGGGACGGACCCCUGGGGGGAGACAGUGAGCGGUAUGAUGAAGAAGAGGAGGCUGCCAAGGACCGCCGCAACAUCCGAGCGCCAGAGUGGCCACGCCGGGCCUCCUGCUCCUCCUCCACAGGCGGAAGCAAGAGGAGCAACUCGGUGGACACUGGACCCUCCAGCUCACUCAGCACGCCCACUGAGCCCCUGAGCCCCACCAGUUCCCUGGGCGACGAGCGCAACUGAGCCCCUCCACCCCACUCCUGGCCUGUCCUGUGUCCCGCCUGCAGAGGGAGGGUGCCUGAACCCCACUCCAGAUGCUGAGAGGGUCUCUUAGCCAGUGUGGUCCAUAACCCAACCUGUCCCAGACACUCCAGCCCUCUGGUUCCAGUCUUGGAGCCUCACACUCCUCACCGCUGUGCCUUUCUUGGAUGGCAAAUUCAGUUUUUGUGCUCCUGUCUGGAGUCUCCACGCUUAGCCUGGGUCCCCGAAGCUAGGAAUCUGCCUUUUCUCUUCAGUGUCAGACGGUUUACAGAGUAUGCAAUGUGCAGGCCUGUCCCCAGGACCUCCUGUUAAAAUCUGUGUGACCUCCCUGCAGCUGGGACACCUCAGGGAUUAACAGUUGAAUACCGGGCUGGAAAGGGAGUUCAGCUGUCAGAGUCCUUGCCUGGCGUGCGGAAGCCCUGGGAUCUAGCUCUAGCACCUCGUGAACAUGGUGUGGUGCACAUCUGUAAUUCUGACCGAAGUGUAAGGGUCAGGAGUUUAAGGUCGUCUGCUGCAUAGGGACGUAGUUCACAGGCAGGCUGGGCAACAGAGAGGUGGUCUCAAAGACUACGACAAAACAAUGCAAAGGUCCUCCAUUUCAACCCUCAGCUGGGAUGCCAGGACAGGCCGCAAGCCUCCCUGCGUGUCAUGUUCAUUUCCUCGAGGGAGCACGGGGUUUGAACCGGUCACCUUUCUGCCUUCUGGACCAGAGCUUAUUCUUCCCCUGGGUCCAGUGUCCCCUCCUGGAAAUGCCUCCCUUGAGGACAGAAUGGCCAUCAAUCCACUCAACCCACUGUGAAGCCACUGGCUCCCAGUGGCCCAAUCAGGAGUCACUGUGCUGCACCCGCCCUCCUUCCUGAUCUGGAACCAAGCCCACUGGCUUCUCGAAGCCUCAAGUGUACCUCAAGGCCUUUCUGCCUGCAAGCUUCGUCCUGCUCCUGCUUCAGUGGAUGGGCAGGCCCCUCACAGGCUUGGUGGUUUGCAUUUGGAGGGGGAGGGCAGGAGGUGUGUGAUUGGAGUGUGUCAGAUGAAAAAAUAUACCUGUAUUUAACAGUUGCCAGUAUAGCUAGACAUGAACU